CAUAACUCCAUCCGCUUAAUAAUCCAGCGCAAGCGCUCCGGCACCUCAUUUCCAUCGCUCAUGCUCUCCAGAGUUACAUCUCGCCUACAAAGAGCAGCUCUCACACGGACAAUAAACACAUCAAACAUGACUCAAACGCUUCUCCCGAUUCACCGCCUGCCGCUGCCUUCCAAGACGCUGCAAAAGGCCCUCACACGACUCGAAGUAGACGGCGAGCCCUCGGCGCAGCGCCGCAGUACCAGCUUCCCGGCGUCAACACCUGGCGUGUGGGCUCCCGUGCAACCACUGUGGACCGAGUGGCCUUUGCGCGUGACGAAGGCUGAAGCGCUCGAACUCGGCGCCGACGUGGACAAAGGCGAUGGUGUGGAUGUCGAGGACGUACUUCGUCGCUGGGAUCCGGUCGACAAGGAGGAGAAGGGCGAUAAUGGGCUUGCACUCGGAAGCAGCGUGCACAGACUCAAGCUCGAGCCAAUCUUGCUCGGUGUAAGCGAGUUUGCGCGAGCCGAAGUGCUCCCACACCUCGACGUUGGCGACGCGGCCGACCUUGAGGCGGGCACUGAAGCUGACGCCUCACCGGCCCGGGCGGCGCUGGUCGACGUUCUCUCCGGUCGGAAGAUCUUGUCUUCUGCUGAGUACGGACCAUGGGCGACGCGGUACUGCGGACAUCAAUUCGGGCAGUGGGCAGGGCAGCUCGGCGAUGGCCGAGCCGUGAGCCUUAUCGAGACUGUGAGCGAAGCCGGCCGCACCGAAAUCCAAGUCAAGGGAGCGGGUAGAACGCCAUUCUCUCGCUCUGCCGACGGCUUGGCUGUCCUGCGAUCUGGCGUGCGCGAGUAUCUCGGUUGUGAGGCGAUCGCAGCCCUCGGCAUCCCAACGACGCGCUCCCUCGCAAUCCUGACGUCGCCGGUCAUCGUGAUCCGUGAGAAUGGUCGGGAGCUGAGCUCGCUUGUUGCCCGCACGGCGCCAACAUUCAUUCGGAUUGGCCACUUCGAAGCGAUGAACCCGGGCGAGGCAGGGCGGAACACGCAUCAAAUCUUCUUCGGUGGAGCGUGGAACAACGGGCGUGAUGAGGAGGCUGACAAGAAAUCGCCGCUAGGUGGUCAUGGCAACCUCGACGGCCUGAGGGACCUGACACUCUGGGUGAAAGAUGAGGUCAUGCAAUCCAAGGGCAGCAUCAAGGACUGGUUCUUUGACGUGGUGCGCCGCAACGCCGACACGGUCGCCGCCUGGCAGGUUUAUGGUUUCAUGCAUGGUGUCUUGAACACGGACAACAUCUCGAUCAUGGGCCUGACAAUCGACUAUGGACCGUAUGCGUUCAUGGAUGUCUUCGACCCUCAGCAUAUCUGCAACCACUCGGAUCCCGGGGGCCUGUACUCGUACCGCAACCAGCCAAACCGAGUGCUUUUCGCGCUUGACUCGCUGGCAUCCUCCCUCCUCCCAAUCCUCGGCUAUGAGAAGCUGAACGGAGCCCCACCACCUGCGGGGUGGGGCGAGGAUGCGAGCACGGACGACGUGCGCAAGUGGGAAGAGGCCGGGUUGGCGGCCAUCGACGGUUGGAACAAAGAGUUCAUCAAGACGCAAGAGAAGGCUGAGAGUGACGGUUGGAAGAUGCGCUUUGGGCUCAAGACGUUCCGCGAUGAUGACGAGCGCGCUAUCGUACGCAACUACCAGAGCAUGCUCAAGGCGUGCUCGGCCGACUUUGGCGUCUCAUUCCGCCUGCUCGCCGCUUUCGAGCCCUCCCGCGCCGCCGAGGACGGCUACAUCCCCAAGUUCGCCAAGAGAUUCAUUGCCGCGACGACGGCUGACCUGUCAUCUGACUCAGUGAUGCGUGCCGAGGAGGAUGCGGGCGCCUGGCUCCGUGUGUACGCUGCGCGUGCAACGGAAGACGCCGAGGUCAAGACAUGGACCAAGGAGGCUGGCGAUGGAAAGUGGGAGGCGGCCCGUACCGUCGCCAUGCGCAAGGUCAACCCGCGCUUCAUCCUGCGCCAGUGGGUCCUCGAGGAGGUUAUCGCCACGAUGGACAAAGCGCUCAAGGACGCCGACGUGCCGACCGCACGCCGCGCCCUUGCCCUCGUGCUCGACCUUGCGAGCAACCCCUUCGAGACUUACGGCGAGCGCGAGGAUGGCAGCGUUCGCGACGAUCUCGACGACGCAACAGCGGAGCGCGCACGCCUCUGCGGCCUCGGCCCUCGCGGCAUGCUCGGCUUCCAGUGCAGCUGCAGCUCGUAGCUGUUAGAUGAUGUAUCGCAAUAGAGUCUCGAUGGAAAUGUAUCACAUGACGUACACUACACGGCUACACAACACGGCGCUUGGAUGGUGAGCGCGAGCG